AUGCAUAAGUUCGUAGACUCGCUCAAAAACAAACUCCAUGGCCGUGGCGAAGCACAAGAAGGGCCUGGUGUACAGGCUGUCCUACAAGACAUACCCUCUGGGUUCCCGUCUCCCUCGGACUUCUUCCGAUAUCGCAAGCAGCGGGGAGUUAAUCUCGGAUCGUGGUUCGUUCUAGAGCGAUGGAUCGCUGAAUCCCCUUUCCACUCCGCGACACCUCCAGGACAGAGCGACCAUGAUGUUGCCCGGGGUCCCCAAGCCAAAGAAGUACUAGAGCAUCACUGGGACACCUGGAUCACUGAGCAAGACUUCGCUUGGAUCGCCCAGAGAGGAUUCAAUGCCGUUCGGCUCCCAAUCGGAUACUAUCAUCUGUGUGGAGUCGAUCCUUCGGUGCUGAAGGGAACAGACUUCGAGAAUCUCGGGGAUGUCUAUCAAGGAGCUUGGUCGAGAAUUACAAACGCUAUACAAACCGCGAACGGCUAUGGGCUUGGCGUACUCAUUGGCGAGUCUUUCGGCCAUCUACAUGCGGCACCUGGCAAGCAGAACCGUGACGCUCACGCUGGGACGUCGGGGGAGCUGCGCUUCUACAACAAAGCUAAUAAACAGCAUACUAUUUACGUGCUAACCGUGCUCGCUGGUCACCUGAGCAGCUUGUGUAGGUCAUCUGAUCCCGCUCUCCCGAACAUCCUGGGGAUAGAGCUCUUAAAUGAACCACAACAUGAUCCUUCCUUGGAUCGCUGGUAUCUAGAUGCCAUUCGUGCAGUACGAUCGGUGGACCCGUCGAUCCCUGUGUACAUCGGAGAUUCCUGGAUGACAGACCAAUACGCAAACUUCAUCGAAUCUCAUGCCAACACCAUACCCUUUACCGUCCUCGAUCACCACCUGUACCGGUGCUUCACCCAGGACGACACGAGCACCUCUGCUUCCCAGCAUGCUCACAAUCUCCGAGAUCCCAACGCGGGUACACCCCAAAUAUUCGCACGUGUAUCACAGAAACUACAGGGUGCCGGUGGUGCCCUGGUGGUUGGCGAGUGGUCAGGUGCUCUCAAUCCCGGGUCGCUUCGGGGCAUUGGCGACGACACUGGCGUCCGGCGAGAAUACCUCGCGGCCCAGCUUGCGCUUUAUGAGCAGUACUGCGCUGGAUACUUUUUCUGGACGUAUAAGAAGGAACAACCAGGCGACAAGGGUUGGUCUUUGAGGGAUGCCGUGGCAGCCGGAGUGUUUCCGUCUCGCGUUGGACUUAGCAAGAGGGACGUCGUGCUUCGGGACGACCCGCAGCAAGGCGCGCGCAGGGAUUACACACGGGAUCAGGCGCUAGGUGCGUCCAUCGGCACGCGGAAUCCGCGUUGUACUGACGUUCUGUGA